AUCAUCCGGGUCCUGUCGUUCCCUUGACGCUAAAGCAGUAUUGCCUUCCUUCCUACAAUGGGGACAAUAACAAAUGCAGUUUCACCAGACUUAGUGUGAUUGGGGCAGAGAUUCGCCCCCUCUAAUCAACCUUUCUCUCCCUUCGGCAUUUUGGCUCACUCCGCUGAGGAGCCAAAAUGGCCUCUGUUUCAUAAGCCCUGAAUAAGGCGGAACAAGGGAAGGUAGGCGGUGCGGUUUUUACAAGAGAGGGGGUACGAGCGCCGCUGUGGAUGAGGUGCAGAAAAACGGUGGAGCGCCAAAAAAAAAAAAUGCUGAAGCGUGAGGUCGUUGCACGGGGGCCGGAACUGGAGAUGUUCUGAGAAUCCUCGCGUGUUCGGGGCUGACGAGCUUCGCAUCGGGCGCGUGGAUUCCGGUCGGCCGUUCUGGGCUCGGGGGAGGCGGCGCGCUCUCCGCACGGGCUUGUCUGUCGCCGUUGUGCAGCGGCGCUGGAGUCGGGAGGCUGAGCUGCCGCCAUAUUGAAGCGAAGCACUUAGUGACUGACUGGCUGGGACUGAAACUGACAAGAGAUCUGAGCUAGAGAGAGAGAGAGAGGGAGGGAGUUGUUGGGGGGGGUUCGCUACUGCUGCUGCUGGUGGUGACGCAGGAAAAACACCCCAAGAGCAGACAAAAAAAAAAGCCAAGAUACCCAGAUCUUAUUUUUUUAUUUAUUAUUACAGUCCGAUUUCACGCGAGACCGAUUUUUGCAGCACGGCAUCGUUGAUGGAAAAAUUAAACCCCGAACUUGGCUGAAAAGAAGACAAAAUCACACAAUCUGGGAGUACCCUAGCGAAAGGAAGAGAAGUCUUAUCUAAUUCCUGGUUAUGCAAUGGUCUCUGCAAAACAUCCUGUGCUUCAGGUGGUGCUUUCUUCUACAGACGCAUGCUGGUUCUCCAUCAUUGUUGAGGAGGCAAUAAUUUCUUCUCUCACGACAACAACAUAAGCGGACAAAAUUGCAAAGAUCUGCCCCGUGUCGAGUAUGACAGCCACGACCCGUGGCUCUCCGGUCGGAGGGAAUGAGAGCCAGGGCCAGGCUCCCGACGGGCAGUCCCAGCCUCCUCUCCCCCAAAACCAGACAUCCUCUCCAAACUCCUCCAAUGAGAACUCCCCGGUGAGCCCACCCGAUGAGCAGGGCCAGGGCGAUGGCCACCCUCAGCUGGAGGAAGAGGAGGAGCCAGCCUUCCCCCACACUGACCUGGCCAAGCUGGAUGACAUGAUCAACCGACCCCGCUGGGUUGUUCCAGUUUUGCCAAAGGGUGAAUUAGAGGUUCUUCUUGAAGCUGCUAUAGAUCUUAGUAAAAAUGGACUUGAUGUAAAGUGUGAAGCAUGCCAGAGAUUUUUUCGAGAUGGCUUGACGAUUUCCUUUACAAAAAUCCUUACAGAUGAGGCUGUGAGUGGCUGGAAAUUUGAGAUUCAUAGGUGUAUUAUUAACAACACUCACCGGCUGGUAGAACUCUGUGUGGCCAAGCUCUCCCAGGACUGGUUUCCUCUUCUUGAGCUUCUUGCUAUGGCCUUAAAUCCUCACUGCAAGUUCCAUAUCUACAACGGUACCCGUCCUUCUGAGACGGUGCCCGCUGCCGUGCAGAUGGCUGAAGAUGAGCUUUUUGCCCGUCCGCCUGAUCCACGGUCACCGAAGGGUUGGUUAGUGGAUUUAAUAAACAAGUUCGGCACGUUAAACGGGUUUCAGAUCCUGCAUGAUCGAUUUAUGAGUGGACAGGCCUUGAAUGUUCAGAUCAUUGCAGCCCUUAUCAAACCAUUUGGGCAGUGCUAUGAGUUUUUAACAUUGCACACGGUGAAGAAGUACUUCCUCCCAAUAAUAGAAAUGGUUCCUCAGUUCCUAGAAAAUCUGACAGAUGAGGAGUUGAAAAAGGAAGCAAAGAAUGAAGCCAAAAACGAUGCUUUGUCGAUGAUAAUCAAAUCAUUGAAGAACCUAGCUUCACGGGUACCAGGGCAAGAAGAAACAGUGAAAAACUUAGAAAUUUUUAGGUUAAAAAUGAUUCUUAGGUUAUUGCAAAUUUCUUCUUUUAAUGGAAAAAUGAAUGCACUAAAUGAAGUUAAUAAGGUGAUAUCCAGCGUUUCCUAUUACACACAUCGACAUGGCAAUCCUGAGGAGGAGGAGUGGCUAACAGCUGAGAGAAUGGCAGAAUGGAUCCAGCAAAACAACAUUUUGUCCAUAGUGCUAAGAGAUAGUCUACAUCAGCCACAGUAUGUGGAGAAACUGGAAAAAAUCCUUCGAUUUGUCAUCAAAGAAAAGGCCCUGACCCUUCAGGAUCUUGACAACAUCUGGGCAGCACAGGCAGGAAAGCAUGAAGCUAUUGUCAAGAACGUCCAUGACCUCCUUGCAAAGCUGGCUUGGGAUUUUUCGCCUGAGCAGCUCGACCAUCUCUUUGAUUGUUUCAAGGCAAGUUGGACAAAUGCGAGUAAAAAGCAGCGGGAGAAGCUGUUGGAGCUGAUUCGUCGCCUUGCUGAGGAUGACAAAGAUGGGGUCAUGGCCCACAAGGUGUUGAACCUCCUGUGGAAUUUGGCACAUAGCGAUGAUGUACCCGUUGACAUCAUGGACCAGGCUCUGAGCGCCCACAUUAAAAUCCUAGAUUAUAGCUGUUCUCAGGACCGAGACACACAGAAGAUCCAGUGGAUAGAUCGAUUCAUUGAAGAGCUGCGAACCAAUGACAAAUGGGUCAUUCCUGCACUGAAGCAAAUCAGAGAAAUUUGUAGCUUGUUUGGGGAAGCGCCCCAGAAUUUAAGAAAGAAAAAACAUAUUAACAUAGAAAAGAACUUAGGUCAGACGCAGCGGAGCCCACACGUGUUUUAUCGCCACGAUCUAAUAAACCAGCUUCAACAUAACCAUGCUCUUGUGACUUUGGUGGCAGAAAACCUAUCUGCAUACAUGGAAAGCAUGAGGCAGUUUGCCAAAGAGCACUUGGAAUACGAUCCACAGACAGUACGGGCUGGCAGUCGAUACAGCCAUGUGCAAGAAGUCCAGGAAAGGCUUAACUUCUUGAGGUUUUUGCUAAAAGACGGACAGCUGUGGUUGUGCGCUCCGCAAGCAAAACAGAUCUGGAAGUGUCUCGCUGAGAAUGCGGUGUUCCUCUGCGACAGGGAGGCCUGCUUCAAAUGGUAUUCCAAACUCAUGGGAGAUGAGCCAGACCUGGACCCCGAUAUCAACAAGGACUUCUUUGAAAACAACGUGCUGCAGCUGGAUCCUUCACUCCUCACAGAAAACGGGAUGAAGUGCUUUGAACGUUUUUUCAAAGCUGUAAACUGUAGGGAAGGAAAACUGGUGGCCAAACGAAGAGCCUACAUGAUGGAUGACCUGGAACUCAUAGGAUUGGAUUACCUAUGGAGGGUUGUGAUUCAGGGAAGUGAUGACAUUGCCAACAGAGCAAUAGAUUUGCUUAAAGAGAUUUAUACAAAUCUUGGACCAAAAUUACAAGUCAAUCAGGUAGAGAUUCAUGAAGACUUUGUCCAGUCUUGUUUUGACCGGCUGAAAGCCUCCUAUGACACACUCUGUGUACUGGAUGGUGACAAAGACAGUAUUAACUGUGCAAGGCAAGAAGCAAUUAGGAUGGUGAGAGUGCUGACGGUCUUGAAAGAAUACAUCAAUGAGUGUGACAGCGACUACCAUGAGGAAAGAACGAUAUUGCCAAUGUCGAGAGCUUUUCGUGGCAAACACAUCACACUCAUCGUACGCUUCCCAAACCAAGGCCGGCAGGUGGAUGACCUGGAUAUUUGGUCUCACACCAACGAUACCAUUGGAUCCGUACGGAGGUGCAUCUUAACGCGAAUAAAGGCCAACAGUACCCACACGAAAGUAGAGCUUUUUAUCGGAGGAGAGGUUGUCGAUCCUGCUGAUGAUAGGAAGUUAAUUGGGCAGCUUAACCUCAAAGACAAAACGUUAAUCACGGCCAAGCUCACGCAGGUCAGUUCCAACAUGCCUUCAAGUCCUGACAGCUCCUCUGAUUCAUCCACCGGGUCUCCAGGGAACCAUGGUAACCACUAUAGCGACGGGCCCAACCCUGAAGUAGAAGGUUGUCUUCCAGGAGUGAUCAUGUCACUGCAUAUCCGCUACGUCUCUUUCCUGUGGCAAGUGGCCGACCUUGGCUGCAGUUUAAACAUGCCUCUUUUAAGAGAUGGUGCCCGUGUCCUCAUGAAGCUCAUGCCUCCAGAUAACACUACAGUAGAAAAGCUGCGAGCCAUCUGCUUAGAUCAUGCAAAGCUUGGUGAGAACAGCCUUAGCCCAACCCUAGACUCGCUGUUCUUUGGCCCAUCUCCUUCUCAAGUGCUGUACCUGACAGAGGUAGUGUAUGCCUUGUUAAUGCCUGCCAGUGGAACCCUUGGAGAAGAUGCGAGUGACUUCCAGUACAACUUCUUAAAAAGCGGUGGCUUGCCUCUCGUUUUGAGCAUGCUCACAAGAAAUAACUUCCUGCCAAAUGCGGACAUGGAGACGAGGCGGGGUGCCUAUCUAAACGCUCUAAAAAUAGCCAAGUUAUUACUGACAGCCGUCGGCUUUGGCCACGUGAAGGCAGUGGCAGAAGCUUGUCAGCCAGGUGUGGAAGGGACAAGCCCUGUUUCACCAAUAAACCAGGCUACGCACGACCAGGCUUUAGUUCUUCAAAAUGCUCUGCAAAACAUUCCCAAUCCAUCAUCCGAAUGCAUGCUGCGAAAUGUAGCAAUUCGCCUUGCCCAGCAGAUCUCAGAUGAGGUUGGUGUAGUUUCCUCUCAGUUGGGAGGGGUACAGAAUUUUUUUCAGGCCUCCAAAUAUAUCCCAGACAUCUGUGUAAUAAGGGCUGUACAGAAAAUAGUUUGGGCAUCAGGUUGUGGUUCAGUGCAGCUUGUGUUCAGCUCAAAUGAAGAAAUCAGCAAGAUUUAUGAAAAGACGAAUGCAGGAAAUGAACCAGAUGCAGAAGAUGAGCAGGUGUGCUGUGAAGCACUGGAAGUGAUGACACUCUGUUUUGCCUUGAUCCCCACAGCACUAGAUGCACUUAGUAAAGAAAAGGCAUGGCAGACCUUCAUCAUUGAUUUGCUUUUGCACUGUCAGAGCAAGUCAGUUCGUCAGAUGGCUCAGGAGCAGUUCUUUCUGAUGGCUACGCGGUGUUGCAUGGGACACAGGCCCCUUCUGUUCUUUAUAACCUUGCUGUUCACAGUUUUGGGAAGCACUGCAAGAGAAAGACCAAAGCACGCAGGGGAUUACUUCACUUUGUUAAGGCACUUACUAAAUUAUGCAUACAACAGCAACAUUAACCUGCCAAAUGCUGAAGUUCUUCUCAACAAUGAAAUUGACUGGUUAAAAAGGAUCAGGGAUGAAGUGAAACGAACAGGAGAGACGGGUGUGGAAGAGACCAUUCUCGAGGGUCACCUUGGAGUCACAAAGGAACUGUUGGCUUUUCAGACUCCAGAAAAGAAGUACUCCAUUGGCUGUGAGAAGGGUGGAGCCAAUCUCAUUAAGGAGCUGAUUGAUGAUUUCAUCUUCCCAGCAUCCAAUGUGUACCUGCAAUAUAUGAAGAGUGGCGAAUUCCCCACCGAGCAGGCCAUUCCAGUCUGCAGCACCCCUGCUACCAUCAACGCUGGCUUUGAAUUGCUGGUUGCACUUGCCGUUGGUUGUGUGCGAAAUCUGAAACAGAUAGUUGACACGUUAACUGACAUGUACUACUUAGGUUGUGAAGCACUUACAGAAUGGGAGUAUUUGCCACCUGUUGGGCCUCGGCCUCCCAAAGGCUUUGUUGGUUUGAAAAACGCAGGAGCCACGUGUUACAUGAACUCGGUCAUUCAGCAGCUGUACAUGAUCCCACCCAUCAGAAACGGCAUCCUAGCUAUCGAAGGCACAGGCAGUGACGUUGACGACGACAUGUCUGGAGAUGAGAAGCAGGACAAUGAGACCAAUGUAGAUCCUCGGGAUGAGGUUUUCAGCUACCACCACCAGUAUGAAGAGAAACCUUCCCUCAGUAAGUCCGAGGACCGGAAGGAGUACAAUAUUGGAGUUCUGCGCCAUCUGCAGGUUAUUUUUGGACAUCUGGCUGCCUCUAGGCUGCAGUACUAUGUGCCUCGAGGGUUCUGGAAACAGUUUAGGUUGUGGGGUGAACCAGUGAACCUGAGAGAGCAGCAUGAUGCACUGGAAUUCUUUAACUCUCUGGUGGACAGUUUGGAUGAAGCUCUGAAAGCUCUUGGCCAUCCAGCAAUGUUAAGCAAAGUUCUUGGCGGUUCAUUUGCUGAUCAGAAGAUAUGUCAAGGUUGUCCUCACAGGUAUGAAUGUGAGGAAUCCUUUACAACACUGAAUGUAGAUAUUAGAAACCAUCAGAACCUCCUGGAUUCAAUGGAGCAGUAUGUCAAAGGGGAUUUAUUAGAGGGUGCCAAUGCCUAUCACUGCGAAAAGUGCAACAAAAAGGUGGACACAGUGAAGCGCUUGCUCAUUAAAAAGCUGCCUCCAGUUCUUGCCAUCCAGCUGAAGCGAUUUGAUUAUGACUGGGAAAGGGAAUGUGCAAUCAAAUUCAAUGAUUACUUUGAGUUUCCACGGGAACUGGAUAUGGAGCCAUACACAGUGGCCGGGGUAGCCAAGCUCGAAGGAGAUGAUGUCCAUCCAGAGAAUCAGGUCAUUCAGAAUGAGCCCACAGAGAAUGAGCCCCCAGGGAGCACUAAAUACAGACUGGUUGGAGUUCUUGUGCACAGUGGUCAGGCCAGUGGUGGACACUACUACUCCUACAUCAUUCAGAGAAACGGGGGAGACGGGGAGAAAAACCGGUGGUACAAAUUUGACGACGGGGACGUCACAGAGUGCAAAAUGGACGAUGACGAAGAGAUGAAGAACCAGUGCUUCGGAGGCGAGUACAUGGGGGAGGUCUUCGACCACAUGAUGAAACGCAUGUCCUACAGGCGCCAGAAGAGGUGGUGGAAUGCCUACAUUCUUUUUUAUGAGCGCAUGGACACGCUGGACAAAGACAGUGAACUUGUGAAGUACAUUUCUGAGCUGGCUGUCACCACAAAACCACACCAGAUAAAAAUGCCAGCCGCUAUCGAGCGAAGCGUCCGGAAGCAGAAUGUGCAGUUCAUGCACAACCGUAUGCAGUACAGCCUGGAAUAUUUCCAGUUUAUAAAGAAACUUCUGACCUGUAACAGUGUCUAUUUAAACCCACCUCCAGGACAAGAUCAUCUUUUGCCUGAGGCAGAAGAAAUAGCUAUGAUUAGUAUUCAGCUUGCUGCUAGGUUCCUGUUUAGCACAGGAUUCCACACAAAGAAAAUAGUCCGUGGCCCUGCCAGUGAUUGGUAUGAUGCAUUGUGCAUCCUGCUUCGUCACAGCAAGAAUGUACGCUACUGGUUUGCACAUAAUGUCCUCUAUGCUUAUACAAACCGCUUCUCGGAGUACCUGCUGGAGUGCCCCAGUGCAGAAGUGAGGGGUGCAUUUGCUAAACUCAUCGUAUUUAUAGCACAUUUCUCUUUGCAAGAUGGACCAUGUUCUUCACCAGCUGCCUCACCAGGACCUUCGACUCAGGCCUGUGACAAUUUGAGCCUAAGUGAUCACUUGCUGAGAGCAGUGCUGAACUUGCUACGAAGGGAGGUGUCAGAACAUGGGCGUCACCUGCAGCAGUACUUCAAUCUCUUCGUCAUGUACGCCAAUCUAGGUGUGGCAGAGAAGACGCAGUUGUUAAAACUGAGCGUGCCUGCAACAUUCAUGCUAGUAGCUCUAGAUGAAGGUCCUGGUCCUCCCAUUAAAUACCAGUAUGCUGAACUGGGCAAGCUGUAUACAGUGGUGUCACAGCUGGUGCGCUGUUGCGAUGUAUCAUCGCGCAUGCAGUCUUCAAUAAAUGGUAAUCCACCACUUCCAAAUCCCUUUGGAGAUCCCAACCUGUCUCAGCCAAUCAUGCCUCUCCAGCAGCUUGUGGCCGAGAUUCUGUUUGUGCGCACUAGUUACGUGAAGAAGAUCAUUGAAGACUGCAGCAACUCUGAAGAGACCAUUAAACUUCUGCGCUUCAGCUGUUGGGAAAACCCCCAGUUUUCCUCCACUGUUCUUAGUGAGCUCCUUUGGCAGGUGGCAUAUUCCUACACAUACGAGCUAAGGCCUUAUUUGGACCUACUGCUACAGAUCUUGCUUAUAGAAGAUUCCUGGCAGACCCAUAGGAUUCACAAUGUGUUAAAGGGCAUUCCUGACGACAGAGACGGGCUCUUUGAUACCAUUCAGCGGUCUAAAAACCACUAUCAAAAGAGAGCAUACCAGUGCAUAAAGUGCAUGGUCGCUCUUUUCAGCAACUGUUCUGUAGCAUACCAGAUUCUGCAGAGCAAUGGCGAUUUGAAGAGGAAGUGGACAUGGGCAGUGGAGUGGCUUGGAGACGAGCUGGAGCGCAGGCCAUACACAGGAAACCCCCAGUACACCUACAACAACUGGUCACCCCCUGUGCAGAGCAACGAGACCUCCAAUGGCUACUUUUUGGAAAGGUCACACAGCGCCAGGAUGACGCUAGCGAAAGCUUGUGAGCUUUGUCCGGAAGAGUGUCACUUAACGAAGCACGAGGUGGUGUCUGAAGAUGACUCGGCAAGGAAGUCAACCUCUCCGCAUCAGCUAUUGCCAGGGGAAAUGGCAGGACAACAGCAGCAAAGUGAGCCAGAUGACCAGGAAGCUCCUGAUGACCAUGACUCCUCCCCUCCUGAAGAUGCCUCUCUCUACCCCCACUCACCUGGAUCACAGUAUCAGCAGAAUAAUCAUACGCAUGGGCAGCCAUACACGGGCCCAGCAGCACAGCAUAUGAACAACCCCCAACGUACAGGCCAACGAGCACAAGAAAACUGGGAAGGCAGCGAAGAAGUCUCUCCAGCUCAGACGAAAGAAUAAAAACUGCAGAUUCUCAUCUGAUUCUCAUCCAGUUCUCUCCAUCAAGACACUUGGUACAAGUGCACGACCAGGCCUUACAGUCCAUCUGUUCUCCAGGUCCUUCACGUUCUGAGUUAAUUUGUAUUUUACCUGGAGUGGAGAGUCUGUUCACUGUCAGCCCUGCAGAGUAUUGCUGUCAAAAUCUAACUCGCCUGCAGUGGAAAGUGUAUAGUGUAAUAAAACUGGCCUGAAGCUAACGUGUAAAUGGCAAAGGUGUAUAUAGUAUGUUUAUGUUUGACUGUUAAAUUUCCUCAGCAAGACUGUGUAUUGCUGUAGGAGACUAGCAGAUCUAUGAAAACAACAAAAUGGUAAAAAAAAUCAUAUAUAUACUUUUGCUUUAUCGCCUGUGCUCAGCAGUGAGGGUUCUCUGCCUUGUGGCAGUAUGAUUCAGUUUGUUUUAGGAAAAAAAAAAGACUCCAUGUCAACCACGUUAGCCAUGUUAAAUUAACUCUUCUGCCAGGGUUAUUAAAAUGGCUGGUAUAACCUUAUGAUAUUUGGUUGAUGUGGAAAGUGGUGAUGUAACAUUGUUCUAGAUCUUUCAUUGCCUUUCUUUCAUUCUGGUAUUAGUUAAAUCAUUUUGAAGCUCUAGUUAAUAUGCUGUAACAUUUAGCAUGGCUUCACACCAGAUUAGUGUAGCCGAAGGGAAAUGUAUGAUCGUAAAAUGACAGCAGCUGUAGUCCCUAAUUGACAGCUACUCUGCAAAGAGCCUUUUUUUAUUGUUACACCUUGAUGGCUAUAUUUGGAACCAAUGUAAGAUUAAGUGGCUUUUCAAUUGCACAUAUACUCCUCAGAUUUAACAUUCGGCAGUCAGUUGGUGGGAUUAUAAACUCAGUUUUCAAUAAUAUGGAUUUUAAAGAAAAUUAUAUAUGCAACAAUUUGCUAUGCCAGGAUGCCUGGAGCAUAAUAGACUGUAUUUGGUGUGCUUGUUUUUGUUUCAUUGGUAGAGCUUACUUUUAGAUUAACUCCUAACACUUUUCCUUCUACUGCAGCCCAGAGAAGGUUGAAGUCAACAAAGAUGAUGUUGUGAGUGUGCCCUGCACUGUGGCAGCUCGCUGUGGUUUUCUCUCCUGUUCAGGCCUCUGGAAAGCAGGCGUUGUCUUAGAACUCUGCAUCCACACAAUCAACAGGAAAAAGCAGGGUUGUAAUUCUGUGAAAAAAAACUGCUGGUUAGUCACGUUGCAACUUUUAGAGCUCUCUCGAAUGCUAGGUAAGCAUCUUUAUUAGGACAUAAAGAAAAUCCGCAUCAGCAAAUACUGUAUUUAAUUGGUAACUUGAAUGUGUGUAUUUUUUUUGGAAUUUGUCUAAAAUACCAAAUACCCCUGCAAAAGAAAAAAGUUACAGCCCACCAUAUUAUAUUUAAAUAUUUUGCUGUUUUAUUUUAUAGAAAUUAUUUUGCUGAAUUUCACACAAAAUAGAAUUUGAUUUAAGAGGAACAUUUUGUCCUUGUGUUAUUUUUAAAGGAGACAUUGACUGUACAGAGUUCCGCGCCCUGUUCUGCCGACUUUUGUUUUGGCCAUGGUCUGACGUUGAAUUCUGGAGCUACAGUCGCGAUGUGAACUUUCACUUUGUGAGGUUUUUUUUGUGCACAGAAAUAUACUAAAAAGCAUUGCGCCCCUUAGCAAGAAUAAAGAAAAUGGAAUAUUGACACUG